AUGAAUCUUUGGCAGCGGUGUAGCCUGUGGCUGCUAAUCCUCUCCAGCUGUGUGGACUUUGGACAGCCCUCAUUGCUGGGCUUGAAGAAGAAGCUACUCUUUGGCGGUGGCGGCCUCGGUGGAGGCUGGGGAGGUGGCGGAGGAGGUGGAUUCGGCUGGGGUGGAGGCGGAGGAGGUGGCGGCUAUCAUGGAGGAGGCGGCGGAGGAGGCUAUCAUGGAGGCGGUGGAGGAGGCUAUCACGGUGGAGGCCAAGGUCACGGAGGUGGCAGCACAAUCGAUGUCUACAUUGUAAAGCCAGUCUACACCGGAGGAGGAGGAGGUGGCCACCACUGGAGCUACGGAGGAGGAGGUGGCAACAAUGGAGGUGGCUGCCACUCGUGCGGGAAUGGCGGCGGCGGUGGAGGCGGAGGAAGUGGCGCCUAUGCCAAGGCCUCGGCCAAUGCUUAUGCAGGAAGCUGGUAA